AUGGACUGGGGAAGACUCCUGCAGGCAUUACCCACAAGCGCUGGUUUGGCGGCCGCCAACAGAACCCUACAAUCCUCUAUCUGGAUGGAUAUCCAGCCCCUCCGGGAGGACAUUCAGGGCCUUGGAGGCCCCAUGAGCCGCGUGGAGGCUAAAUGCGACCAGCUCCAGUCAGUCCAGGCUCAAACAGGGGACACCAUGUCGAGGCAUGAGGACAUCCUGAGAGGUAUGCCACUACAUGUAGCUGAUCUGGACAACAGGGGGAGGCGGAACAACUUAAGACUAAGAGGCCUCUAUGAGGUAUGGACUGACCCCCCACACCUCCAGGCCAUCCUGAAGGAGAUUUUUUAAUGGGGCACAGGGACCCUGCCCUCUCCACUACAGCUCGUGAGGGCCCAUUGCCCUACACCCGAGGGGACCCUCGGACGCACUGCCACGGGACAUCAUAUGCUGCUUGGAGGUGUUUGCUGUCAAGGAGUCUAUCGCUAUAGUACUGGAGACUGCUCAGACCCCUUACACGCGCUCUACAGUCCGCAGGGACAAGGUAUCGCUUUUCCCGUCUGGUCUCUUGGUGACCACACCAGGGGGACCAUAGUAGUUCGUACCCAUGCAGACUUCAUUUACGUGGUGGCUCUCAUAUCCAUACUCCCACUUAACAUGAAGUGGCCUGAUUCCUCGGACUUAAACCUGCUUGACACAAUAUUGGCAGUGGCCUUACCGCAGAGGGACUGCCAAGCUACUACCUGCACAGCCAGGGGGUGCCAACAUGAAUUGGACCCCGUACUGUUUACCGUAUAUACUCGAGUAUAAGUCGAGUUUUUCAGCACAUUUUUUGUGCUGAAAAACCCCCACUAGACUUAUACUCGAGUCAGUGUCUGCAUUAUGGCAACUUACAUUGCCAUAAUACAGACAAGGACCGCCGGGCUCAUUACAAGUCCGGCGGUCCUGUUGGGGACUGGCAGCGAGCUGUAACUUACCUUUCCUGCAGCUCCUGUCAGCUCCCUUCUCCUGCGUUUCGAUCAGCUCCCUUCUCCUCCACUGUAAAUCUUGCGAGAGCCGCAGCGUCUGAGCAUUGCCACCGGUUACCAUGGCAACGCUCGGCGCGGCACUCAGACCGCGAGACUUACAGGGGAGCUGACCGAAAUGCAGGAGAAGGGAGCUGACAGGAGCUGCAGGAAAGGUAAGUUACAGCUCGCUGCCAGCCCCCCUCCUGCACAGCCCAUCCACUGGACCACCAGGGAAUGAGAGCCCCCCCCCCAUGCCAUGUAUCAAGCACACUCACACACACUCAUACAAACACACAUUCUGCAAUAUAUAUAUAUAUAUAUAUAUAUAUAUAUAUAUAUAUAUAUAUAUAUAUACACACAUAUAUAUACACACACACACACACACACACUGCAUUAUAUACACACAGUGUGCGUAUAUAAUGCAGAGUGUGUGUGUGUGUGUGUAUAUAUAUAUAUAUAUAUAUAUAUAUAUAUAUAUAUAUAUAUAUAAUGCAGUGUGUGUUUGUAUGUGUGUGUGUGUGUGUGUGUAUAUAAUUAUAAAAAUCACAGAAUUUCAUAGCCCCAAGUUUUACCCUCGACUUAUCCAAGAAGCAUAGCAUAUUUCACAAUUGUUGGUCACAAAACUGCACUCGACUUAUACAUGAGAUCGACUUAUACACAAGUAUAUACGGUAAUUACCUACUCACAUUUAUAUACAUCAUGGAUAGCAUGGGACCCCCCUCUGACUUCUCACCUGCCUGCCCUCACCCACCGUGAUGACCUGGAACGCUAGCCUUCACAUGAUGACUUGUAUAUGAGGAGGUGACAGGUGAAACAGGAGAUUUUCCGUGAUACCACCUUUAUUCUACACCCUUGCUCUGUGGCGAACUGCUACUCCCCCCGAUUAUUCGUGCUUGAGCGACCAAAGUCUGAGGUGAUUGCCCUGUCCCAGCUGGUCUGCACCGGGGAAUUGGCCCACCUCAGUCGCUCUAGCAGGAGCAAUAGUUCCUCAUUACUCCACACACAACACGCAGAUCUGACACCGGACACCAGCAGGCAGUCACUUGUUAACAUCCAGCCUACCUCGCUACUACCACACUCCGUGGCUGUCUAUUGGGAGCGGCUCCACAUGCACUAGCGCACCACACCCAACCCCACCCCGGACAGGUGGACUGGUGACCUAGAAAGACCAGUGACCCGGGACUCUAACUAUGGACCUCCAUGGAAAACAGCCAGAAUGGGCCUGGGGACAGGCCCUUUUCCCCUGUGGAACUAAAACUCCUCUCAACCAAUGCCCAAGGUCUAAACACCCCCAAGAAAUGCUCCAUUGCCCUGAAAGAUUUAAAAGCUCAAAAAGUCCAUAUAGUUUAUGUACAGGAAACCCACUUCCAGGAAGGUAGCGCCCUCACGGACAAAAUCCAGGACUUAGAGACCCAACAUAAAGAAGCCCACACGCUUUACACGUACCAAGAACUGGCUUACUUGAGGGGCAAUUAUCCUCUCUCCUCCGACAAUCCAAUGCUCACUCCAGCACACCAAAGCAUUCUUUUCUACGUAAAUAGCGAUAAGUGUGGCAAACUUAUUGCCACAAUCAUAAACAAGAAAAGGAACACAUCCUAUAUAACCUGCCUACGUGAUACCCAGGGCCAGCCGAAGAGUGCCCACACGCAUCGCCGAAGUAGCACGUCAUUACUUCAAAAAAACUGUACUCUAAAAAGUCACCCGAGGGUAACUCACAGAACAUAGAGUCCAUGCGGACUUAUCUGGCUGAUAACCUUCACACGAAAAUACCGGCGGAAGCAUCAGAAGUGCCGCUGACCACAGAGGAACUAGUGCUGGCAAUCAAGACGUCAAAAUCGGGCAAGAGUCCACGUCCUGACAGACUGACGAUACGCUAUUAUAAACGUUUUUCAGACGUCCUAUACCCAUAUUUCCUGUCCGCUUAUAACUCAUUGAUGCAGGGACAGAGGCUUCCCUCCUAGGCGCUCGAGGCAAACAAAGCCUGAUCCCCAAGGAGGGCAAAGACACAGAGCAAUGUGCCAAUUACCAACCUAUCUCCCUCUUGAAUUGCGACUUAAAGCUUUCGCCAAAAUCCUGGCAGCCAUGUUGAUGCCUUACCUACCAUCCCUAGAAAAACUGGACCAAGUGGGGUUUAUACCACACAGAGAGGCGAGGGGCAACACCUCUAGAACCCUAUCCCUGAUCCAUCAUGUAAAGCAGACAGGCAAAGGUCUUCUCCUGCUCUCUACCGACUCCUAUAGCGACCUACAAGUAGAUCACUUCACUGUAUGCCAACCCAUCGGCAAAGGUAUGCAUUAAAGGAGCUUACACGGAUGGAUUCCACAUCCGUAACGGGACCAGACAAGGUUGCCAACUAUCGCCGCUGCUGUUUGUCCUGGCACCAUUUUUUACAAGGAAUUAGAAGAAACCCAGAUAUCGGAGGAAUCGAGGCAGGAUCCUUAAUGCAUAAGGUGGCCGCUUACGCAGACCACCUGAUCAUCUUCGUCUCUUUAACCGAGACAACCCUUCCUAACAUUAUACGGGAACUGGAACGAUACAAAAGGAACUUCAAGAUCAACCUCACGAAAUCCAAUCUGCUCAAUCUACCAGCUGACAAGGUCAAUGUACUGCACCAGAGCUGGGGAUCCGACAGAGUAAUCAAAAACCUGGGGACCUGGAUAUCCCGAUUAACUCGCCCAAAUAUACAGACUAAACUUCACUCGAUCCUCAACAACUUUAAGAAAAACCUGGAGGAAUGGAAACUGCCUCACUUGUCCUGGCUUGGCCGCAUCGCAGUAAUAAAAAUUAUUCUCUUGCCCCGCAUCCUGUACCUGUUCCAAAUGCUUCCCAUACAGAUUCCAACGGCGUACUUCACAUCUCUGAGGUCCCUGAUGAUUAAGUACAUAUGGGGCCAGUGCACUGUCACGGCUCUCUGUUCUUCUGCCGGCGUGGCUGCACAUAAACUAAGCAGCCACGCUGACAGAGAUAUUGUAUACUUACCUUGGUCGCGGCAAACUGCUGCCCGACCUCCUUCCGUUCGGGUCCUCAGCGAGUCCGGCGUUCCUAGAAUACGCCGGCUGCUGCGGUUGCAGUUUUAAUAGGAUACUCACCUUCGCCCACAUCAAAGAUGGCACCAACAUGCGUGGUGACUUCAGACGCGCACGCAUUUUUUGCCUGGGUCCUUCACCACAGAGCUAAAAUUGGGUACUUAAUGAACCAACUGAAAGGUAAAGCCUUAGCUUGGGCCAAUCAAUUGUGGGAGAGUGAUAGGACUAUUGUCCAUAAUUACGAAUAAUUCCUUGCGGAAUUCAAAUUAACGUUUGAACCAUUGGGAAGGGAGAAUAACACUUCCACUGUCCUAAUGCGUAUCAAACAAGGGAAUCGUUCUAUCAGAUUAUGCCAUAGAAUUCAGCACCCUGGCUUCUGAGGUAGACUGGACGAAUAACGGAUUAAUCAAUGCAUUUGCAGAGGGAUUAUCCAAAACUGUCCUUGACGAAAUUGCAGCCAAAGAGCUACCAGGGAGGUUAAAUUGAUACAUCACUUAUGUGAUGCAUAUCGAUAACCGACUUAGGAACAGGGAUAUAACUAGAAAAAGAACCAGACAUAUGCAUAUAUCACUGGCACCUCACUUCUCCAAUCCUGUUGUCCCUGGCCCUUUCGUACAAUCUGAACUGGAACCUAUGCAGUUAGGGGUUAUGAGACUGUCAGAGGCAGAAGAACAGUUUAGGAGAAAAGAAGGCCUCUGCUUACACUGUGGCAAGAAAGGACCCAUAAGAAAUGCUUGUCCCAUACCUCCUGAAAACUUGCGCACCUAAGAACCAUUAGUGGACCGGCCUUAGGUGUUAUGUAUAUGUCCACUGGUACUACCCAAAGUAGAUUUCUCCUUAGUGUUGCUACUCAAUGUGAUCAAAUACGUUUUACGUGUAAUGCCCUGAUUGACUGAGGCGCUGCAGAAAACUUUAUCGAUUUACAAUUUGCCAGUAAACACCUCCUACCCAUCAAGGAGAGAUCACCACCCCUGGGCAUCGAGGCCAUUGAUGGGAGACCACUCUCAGCCUUUAACUACCCAAGAAACACUACCUAUCACUACCACGAUUUCAGAAGAAAAAAAAAAGAACUCAUCACAUUUCAGAUAAUUGCUUCCCCUUCUUGUCCCAUUAUACUUGGAUUUCCAUGGUGUAACAUAUUCCUCGGUAUUUGCGCCCAGAGGCCGUGCGUCUGUGUAACUGACUUUUGCAACAUGUUGAUGGAUGCCAAAUUAUACGCACGUUUUGGGGUCAAAGGCCGUUUUCGGCCACAAAGAACUGUAAAGCACUUAUUUAAACUCAAAUUUACUUUUCCUCAUUACACUGUCAUGGUUUCCCUAGUGGUUGUCCGAGAGUGUGUUCCUGAGUGUUUAUUUCUGUUUUUUGACUUUGGCUUUGUUUGACUUCCCUGUGUUCUGGUAUCCCUGACUUCUGGCUUUCCCUUACCCUUGUGUCCCAUUCUGUGCUCCCUGAACUAGGGAAGUAUCCUGACUAUUCUUUGGUACGUUAAGUACAGCCAUUCUAAGGCCCGGUAAGACAUUACAUUUUAGUCCUAGGUGUGAUACAAUUCUACGUGUUGGAUCAAUCAGUAAUCCUGACACAUGGCUUGUUAAGCAAAACCCUCAUGUUGAUUGGGCUAAAGGGGAAAUACUGGAAUGGGGUAAAGAAUGUAAAGAGAGAUGUAGGUUACCUAUUACUAAAAAAGUGGGUAUCGUUAAUCUACCAAACUCCUACACCUCAGUCUACUGGAAUUCCUCUGCAUUAUAGGGAGUUUAAACAAGUGUUUAAUAAAAGUCACACAGAUACGCUACCCCCUCACAGAUCCUAUGAUUGCUCCAUAGAUCUGUUCCUGGCACUAUACAAUCUAAAGGGGGAGUAUAUACCUUAUCACCACAGGAGAGUAGAGUUAUGGAAGAAUACAUUAAAGCAGGGGUCCUCAAACUCCGGCACCCCAGAUGUUGCUCAACUACAACUCCCAGGAUUCUUUGAAUUACAUAGAUAGCCAGAGAAUCAUGGGAGUUGUAGUUCAGCAACAUCUGGGAGGCCGGAGUUUGAGGACCCCUGCAUUAAAGAGUCUCUACAAAAAGACCACAUAAGUAAAUCUUCUCCUGCAGGUGCUCUUUUUCGUUACCAAGAAAGGAGAGUUACGCCCAUGUAUUGAUUAUAGGGCAUUGAAUAAGAUCACCAUCAAAAAAGCUUAUCCCAUUCUCCCUAUCUCAGAAUUGUUUGACAGACUCCAGGGGGCUAAGUUGUUUACCAAACUCGACCUUAGGAGUGUUUAUAAUUUGGUAAGGAUUAAGGAGGGACAUGAAUGGAGAACUGCAUUUACCACGAGAAAUAGUCACUAUGAGUAUCUUGUCAUGCCCUUCUGCUUAUGCAAUGCCCGAGCCGUAUUUUAGGAUCUCAUUAAUGAUGUUCUCAGCGAUAAUUUUAACUUUCGUAUUGGUAUAUCUUGAUUCUAUUCUCAUUUAUUCCCCUGAUAUCCAGACUCAUCAUGGGCAUGUUAAACAAGUGUUGCAAACUUUGCUUAAAAGCGAGCUAUAUUGCAAACUUGAAAAAUGUCUAUUUGACCAGACGGAAGUUCAGUUCUUCGGUUAUAAUAUCUUGGCCUCUGGUUUUCAGAUGGUCCCACGCACACUAGAAGCCAUUCUACAUUGGCCAGUACCAAAUAGGUUAAAAACCAUUCAAAGGUUUUUUGGAUUUGCAAAUUACUAUAGGAGAUUCAUCAAAUGUUUCUCUACUGUGAUACCCUCCCAUCACCAAUAUGACGUGAAAAGUGAUUAACUGUAAUAUAUGAUCUAAAGAAGCAAAUGAAGCUUUUGAGCUACAUAAGAAAAUAUUCGCUUCUGCUGAAAUAUUGGAACACCCUGACACUAACAAACCCUUCAUACUGGAGGUAGACCCCUCUGAGACAGAGGCAGGGGCUGUCCUUUCUCAGAGGGAGAGUCAGAAUACCCCUUGGCAUCCUUGUGGGUUCUUUUCUAGAAAGUUGUCACCAGCGGAGCGUAAAUAUUGAUAUUGGUAACAGAGAAUUGUUAGCCAUUAUCCUAGCUCUGAAAGAAUGGCGACAUCUUUUAAAAAGUUCCAGGGAUCCACUUCUGAUCAUAAAAACUUGGCAUACAUUGGUGAUGCUAAAAAGCUGCUGCUAGACCAGCUAGAUGGUCGUUGUUCUUGUAAGGCUUUAACUUUAUUAUCAUGUACAGACCGAGUCCUAAGAACGUUAAGGCUGAUGCCCUAGCUAGGCAAUUUGACCUAGAGGCAGAACAAGAAAAAGAAACCUCUCCCACUAUACCACCUGAAUGUAUCAUUGCCUCCACGGUUCUUUCCUUGUCUUCUGCGCUUCUUUGUGCUAUAAUGGCAGCCCAGACUCAGGCACCUAGUGAUAAACCUUGAGAUAGGUUGUUUAUUCCGUUACUGGAAAGAAAAGAGGUACAAAGAAUGUUUCACGAUAAUGUGACAGUUUGUUACGCUACUUGGGUGAUUUGGCUUGGAACUCAACUGCAGCUUGUAAACUCCCUAAUUACAAUUGUGAAGAAACGGAUAAUCUUUAAAGUAUCUAUACUGUAGCUUUAAGAAAAGAGGGAAUCGCUGGUAACUUGAUUCAACCGAAGUUUUAAUAAGUGUUAAACUUAAAUGAAUUGCAUUUAGACAAAAAUCCAAUAAGAAGAAGUUCAAGUAAUCAACAACACAAAGUUCAUUAAUAAGUUUUUCUUCAGAGAUGCAUUAAGUAACAUUCUUUGGUUCAUGAGAAUAAUCUUCAAUAGUAACAUUAAGCAAGUAGCUGAGAAUAUUUGCAAAGUAAGAACAGUUCAUAGUUAAUAAGCAUGAUGGGAGUUGUCCUCCAUAUAAUUAGUAGCUUGAAGCAAUGAAGAUUUGAGUAAGCAAGCAUUAGUUCUACGAAGAAGUAAGUAGAAGUAUAGAUCAGGGUGUUGCCGUGGAUGUGAUCUAUUUGGAUUUUGCCAAGGCGUUUGAUACAGUUCCACACAAUAGAUUAGUGUUCAAACUCAAGGAAAUCGGUCUAGAUGAAAAUGCUUGUUCUUGGGUAGAACAUUGGCUUAAAAACAGAGUACAAAGAGUUGUCAUUAAUGGUAUAUUUUCAAGCUGGACAGAGGUGGCAAGUGGUGUCCCUCAGGGGUCUGUUCUGGGACCCCUUCUAUUUAACAUGUUUAUAAAUGAUCUUGAACAAAAGCAUUGAAAGUCAUGUUUCAGUGUUUGCAGAUGACACCAAACUUUGUAAAAUAAUACAAUGUGCGCAAGAUAUUACUUUGCUUCAGAGGGAUUUAGAUAGACUGGGGGACUGGGCACUCAAAUGGCAGAUGAAAUUUAAUGUCAAAAAUGCAAAGUUAUGCACUUCGGCGUAAAGAAUACACAAGCAACGUAUACCCUUAAUGGAAGCAAAUUAGGGAUAACAACAUAUGAAAAGGACUUGGGAAUUGUUAUAGACAACAAACUAUGCAACAAUGUGCAAUGUCAAUCAGCAGUGGCCAAGGCCAGUAAGGUAUUGUCAUGCAUGAAAAAGGGCAUUCAUUCUCGGGACAAGAAUAUAAUUUUGCCUCUUUAUAAAUCACUGGUAAGACCCCAUAUUGAAUAUGCUGUGCAAUUUUGGGCACCUGUUCUAAAGAAGGAUAUUAUGGCACUAGAAAAAGUGCAGAGGCGGGCUACAAAAUUAAUAAAAGGAAUGGAACAUAUCGGCUAUGAAGAAAGGUUAACAAAUUUAAACCUAUUUAGUUUAGAAAAACGUCGCCUGAGAAGGGAUAUGAUAACAUUAUACAAAUAUAUUCGGGGCCAAUACAAACCAUUGUGUGGAAAUCUAUUCACAAACCGGACUUUACAUAGGACACGAGGCCAUGCGUUUAGACUGGAAGAAAGAAGAUUUCGUCUAAGGCAAAGGAAAGGUUUUUUUACUGUAAGAACAAUCAUGAUGUGGAAUUCUCUGCCUGAAGAAGUGGUUCUAUCAGAGUCCAUACAGAUGUUCAAACGGCUACUAGAUGCAUACUUGCAAGAACAGAAUAUUCAAGGAUAUAAUCUUUCAAUGUAGGGCAAUAACUGCUUGAUCCAAGGAUAAAUCUGACUGCCAUUCUGGGGUCAAGAAGGAAUUUUUUUCCUAGCUUGUUGCAAAAUUGUGCUUCAAACUGGGUUUUUUUGCCUUCUUUUGGAUCAACAGCAAAAAACAAAUGUGAGGUAGGCUGAACUUGAUGGACGCAAGUCUCUUUUCAGCUAUGUAACUAUGUAACUAUGUAACUAAAUGAUAUUGUAGACAAAUAGCUGAAAGAUAUACUUAAGGUUAAUAUGAGUAGUCCUCCAAUAGUUCGGGGAUAUGCUCCACUUGUAAAGUAAGUGAGUUUCCGUUCUCCAGUAAUCCUCUAUGACAUGAAGCAUACUUGUCUUAGUCCAGAAGGCUAGGACAACUUCAGAGUUUGCAGAGCCGGCGUAUCCCUGGAGCCGGCGUACAUAUUCGGAAGUAUGACCCACAUUGCCAGAGCUUGUGGAGAGGUAAGUCUGGCGGAAGUAGAUCCCAGUAGCUGAGCCUGUGGAGCCCGCGGUCUCGCAGAGGCAGCUCACACAUUAGCUCACACACAAUCACCAAGCACCCUCUCUCUGGCCUGGUCUCCCUAAAUACCGUCAGAGCUGUGUCAGAGGGGGGGCGAGGUCCGGCUCCGCCCAGGGGAGUGCCGAACCAAGAAGUGUUACCCCAUGACACAGUUGGACAUUCAGGCAUUCAUUAAUUAAAAUGGUGCCUGCUGUCUCUAGAUCAUUUUGGUGGCCAUCUCUUAGAAAGGACAUCAGAGAGUAUGUGGAGACAUGCACUAUUUGUGCGGUUUCUAAGGUUCCCCAUAAACUACCUUUUGGGUUAUUGCAACCGCUUCCUAUACCCAGUAUCACAUGGUCUCAUUUGUCUAUGGACUUUAUUGUGGAACUCCUGAUUUCUAAAGGCUAUAACACCAUCAUUGACUGUUUUUCUAAAAUGGAACACUUUGUUCUGCUUAAAAAGUAGCCUUCUUACCAAGAGCUGGCUCAUAUAUUUACACGCGAAAUAGUCAGAUAACAUGGUAUUCCGCUUACUAUUGUGUCAGACAGGGGUUCCCAAUUUGUGUCACAAUUUUGGAGAGCAUUUAACAAUGAGGCAUAGAAUUAUAAUUUCCAUCUUCAUACCAUCCUCAAACCAAUGGUGUAGCUGAGAGAGCCAACCAAUCAUUGGAACAAUAUUUGAGAUGUUUUAUUAAUGGCACUCACACUUACAACGGUCAUCAUCCUACUAUUCUCCCUGCGGUUCCAGUUUUAAUUGGAUACACGCCUUAACAGCCUAUUAAUAGGAUACUCGCAUGCACGUUUUGGGGUAAGAGGCCAGAGAAACCAAUAACAGUCUCAAGAGGGUUAUUUAAACCCAAAUUACCUUUUGGUCAGUGCCCUGUCGUGGUUUCCACUAGCUGGUUAUCCGAGAGUGUGUUCCUGAUUGUGUUUUUUCUGGUAUUUGACUUCGGCUCUGUUUUGACUUCCCUGAUAUCUGGUAUUCUUUAUUUCUGGCUUUCCUCAUCGUUGUGUCACAUUAUGUGUCCCUGACCUCGGCAAGUAUUUUGGCUAUUCUCCGGUACGUUAAGUCCAGCCAUUCUAAUGUCUGGUUAAACGUUAUCCUUAGUCCUAGGUGUGAUACUAUUCUGCGCGCUGGAAUAAUUAUAAUCCUGACAGGCACACCACGACUGAAAUAUCAAACACUAAUACGACCGAAACCUGAAGGCGGUCUGGCGGUCCCCAACUUCCACCUUUACUACCGGGCUGCCCACUUACAAUGAAUACUGGAAUGGAUCAAGGACGGCGUAGUUAAACCUUGGAAGGAGAUUGAACAAGCUCAAUCUGGUGGCUCCCUGAAAGCAUUGACAUGGAUGACCUCAAAAACUGGAAGGCGGAUAUCGCACCAUCACUACUGGUUACAUAGUUACAUAGCUGAAAAGAGACUUGAGUCCAUCAAGUUCAGCCUUCCUCACAUAUGUUUUUGCUGUUGAUCCAAAAGAAGGUAAAAAAAAAAAACCCAGUCUGAAGCACUUCCAAUUUUGCAACAAACUAGGAAAAAAUCCUUCUUGACCCCAAAAUAGCAGUCAUUUAGCUCUUUAAAUCAAGCAGCCAUUACCCCACUAAUUCAAAAUUAUAUCCCUGUAUGUUAUGUUUUUGCAAGUAUUUAUCCAAUUGCUGUUUAAACAUCUGUAUGGAAAAAACACCUCUUCAAGCAGAGUAUUCCAUAUCCUUAUUGCUCUUACUGUAAAAAAAACCCUUUUCUUUGCCUUAGUUUAAAUCUCCUUUCUUUCAGCCUAAAUGCAUGACCUUGUGUGCUAUGUAUAGCCCUGUUGAUGAAUAGAUUUCCAGAUAAUGGUUUGUACUGGCUCCGAGUAUAUUUGUACAAUGUUAUCAUAUCCCUUCUGAGGCGCCGUUUUUUUUUUUAACCUUACUUCGUAACUAAAACACUCCAUUCCUUUUAUCAAUUUUGUAGCUCAUCUCUAGAGAUGUCGCGAACCAUCCGCGAACUUCUCGCGAACCAUUCGUGGCGAACUCCGGUCAGCUGACACAUCCCGGCCAAUCUCCAGCAGACCCUCCCUCCCAGACCAUCCUACAGCCUUGCAUGGCUAGCAUACUGAAAGUACAGUUGUGUCAUGGACCUGCGAGUCCUACCUCUUUGCCGCAAGCUGCAAAGAUACGAAAUGUUCCAUGAAAAAUGACAAAAUUCUUAUAAAAAAAAAAGUAUACUGGAAAAUGCAAAUAACUAGAAAAACGAACAUAAAUAACACUGAAGUCUAUUCCUAUCAUUGUCUAGUAUGUUUCAUCCCCUUUCAGGAAGAGUUACUUUGAGAAGUAUGAAUUGUGUCAAAAAUUGGGGUGUAAUGUUGUAUUUUUUUUAUAUUGUAAACUGUCACCUUUGAUAGACAUUUUCAUUGUGAUCUAGAAAUAAAAACCCAAACUAAAUCCUUAUGAAAACGACAAAGAGCUAACUUCUACUCAACUGUUAAACAAACAGACUGAAAAGCAUUUAGUAAUGACACCCAUCCCCACCCUCCCACCCCCCAUUGUCGUAUUUGUUUGUUAAAAUCCUCCAGGAGGCAGAAAACCUCUCCAGCCAUCAGUAAUGUUGAUUUGCAUAUCAUUACCCACUGUGCACCAUAAUGAGCCUCCCUUCCCUUGUAAUUCAUUGCACAAUGUCUGCGGGAACAGGCCUCCUGAUUUAGGUUGUAGUUGAAAAUGAACCAAAGAAGCCAUUAUUGUUUCUCAUUUUCACACGCGAGCUAUGUCUGGCGCUGGGUUAAAACCAGGACGUGCUUACUAUCUAUUUGGAGGUUGGUAAUUUCUGCUAAUGCCAUUUUCUCUGAAACAGCAAUUGCUCCUCUGCUCCAUGGUCAUGACAGUUGCUCUGGGGGAUUGCAAUAAUGGCGCACUCUAUCUAGAUUGGUAAUAAAUGUGUUAAUCUCGAAGCAACUGGAGUCAGUCUAACUUUUUUUUUCCUAGGCAUUUAAGCAGCAUCUGCUGAGGCUAUUAAGCUCCAAAGUACACUUGCAGAGUUGGAGAAUGAUUGAAAUGUAUGUACACGUAACCAUAUGCCAUGUGAAACGUUGUAGAUAUGAGUACAGCAAAAAAAAAAAAAAACACACAAUAUUUCAAGAACCCAAACACGCAGUGCACUCCAGAUGUUUAGCAGCCAGAUUUGGUUUUCGAGAUCAAAAAUUGACCUACUCCAAUAGAACCAAGGUUACUUUGCAAAUAAUGGAACCUUGCGCGGCUUAAAAGGUUAAUGUUUUGGGAAUGUUUGAUAAUGACCCCUUAAUUCAGGCUUUCUUUCAAGUUUUCUAUUGGUAAAAAAGACAGAUGGAGACUUUUUAUCCAGUGAUUCAAUAAUAUUGAUUAAGGUGAUAUUUGCUUACAUCUCUUGCUGCACAACUGCUUAAAUUAUUCUAAAAGUUAUUACAUUUUGCAGAGCAGAAGUGGCUCCCGCACCUAAAAAAAAUAAAAAAUAACAGCACUAAUAUUUCUUGGUAUUCAUGAAAACCAAACGAUUAAAAAUAAACGUAAAAAAAACAAUAAAGAAACAGAACUCGAAUACCUAAAACGACAUAAAAGUGUACGGUGCCAAUUGUAGAAAAUCAUAAAAUACCCAAAUCCCAAGCACCUGUUAUAAUGUAUCACAAAGGUGAUAUAGGAUAUAUGCCUCCUCAAACCACACAAUCUGCAGGUUAACACCGAUAUAUAACAAUUUGCCCAUUUAAACAUCACCCAGCACAUAAUAUUUAGGGCACAGUCUCUGACCGUUAUGGCAGAGUGUUUUUUUUGUGUGAACUACAGUCCCAUGAUGUAGUGCCAACUUCAACAUCAUGGGAAAAUAUGAGUCAUGUGAAAUCAAUCCACUAAAGCUGCGAUGCCAAAAUAAUAGUCACUGAUGGCAUAUACAAAAAAAGCUCACAGAUUGGUAAAUAGCCUUACAUGAAAAACACAAUUUUACAAUUUGUACUGCAUGUUAACAGCCAUAGGAUGUUACCAGAGGGCAGGUUUAAACUAUGGGGUUAUUCAAUAAAGUCCGAACUGACCCAUCCCGAAUGAGGUAUCUGCCUGUGUACGGGGUCAUGGCGACAGCAAACUCUGAACAUUGUUCAUGUAACAGCCCUGAAUUUGUUCUAGAUUUCAGACAGAACAAACCGAAUGAAUUAAAUCCAGGCCUGUUGGCAUUGCUAACAGUGCUAGGGUUAAUUACGUGGUGGCUGGCCUGCCCUUCCUAGCCAUUAAAGAACAUUAACACAUUAAAAAUAAAUUUUAAAAAGUCUAUAGGCCAAUAAGACCCCAUAUUACUAUAUGAAAGUUUUAAACCUCCCUAUGCGGCCACCUGUCGCAUUGCAGAGUGGAGACAUGUCUGCUAAAAAUUCAAACUGGCGACUCUGUACCCAUUUCAUGGGGAUGGGGUUUAUAAAAAAAAACAAGAGGGAUAUGUCAUGGGAGUGGACUCUGUUCUGGGCUACCUCCUGUAAAUUCUGUGCAUAUUUUACUUCUGUUGUCAGUGCACGGUGGCAAAAGACAUGGUCAGAAGUUUGCUCUGCCCGCUCGCCCUCCCUUCUUGCAGUCCCUCCAAGAUGGAUUCAUUCAUUUUAAACAGUAGUCCAGCCAUCCCUGCCCACUCCCCUCUCAAUCCUCUCACCAGCUACAAGCACAUACAUGGCAUCUGAACCAGUGAGAUUGGUCCUACCACAUACUUCUGUUUGAGAAGCAUUUCAAUGGACCACGCACGGGAGCUUGUAAUGUUGGAACUGGGAUGUGGAGAGGAGUGUCGGGGAUCUUACCUGUGGUGGAAGUCCGGUUUGCAGAGAUGUGUGCUUACCCUUGCAGAUAAACACAGUCCAAGGUGAUCAGGUAAGAAACCACCAGGACUGUGAAUCUGUGCAUGAGGGCUGUGCAGGAAAGGUGCUCCAAUUUGCAGUACAGACAAGGACACAAGCAGGAGCAUAGUCGAGGAUAAGCCAAAGUCAGAGGAUGCCAGAGGUCAGGAUAAACAAGGAGGGAAGCCAAGGACAGGAGACAAGGUCAAUCUGGAGAACAAGUUCAGGAGACAAAGCAGGAACAUACGACCACCAGAAUCAAAGAACUGACAAAGUUCCCAUGGCAAGGCAGUGUUUUAUACCCAGCUAAUGAGCAAUCUGCCUCAAGUGAAGCACAAACAAUAGCCACAGAUAAAGUCCAGCCCCCUAGUGCUGCAGACAUAGCCAGCUAUAACAGGGAUAGAACUACUCAAAAGAAUAGAACCUGCUGUAGCUUAGAGGCAGUAAAGCAGGCCCAGGACAUCAAAAGAUCCAGGUUCAAAUCCCCAGUUUGGCAUUUGUGGAACGGUGGCCACGCUUGGCCAUCUGGAUAGAAUGGUGAGAACCGUGACAAGGAGCACCAUGGGCUUUGCCCAGCACUGGAUUGCAGGUAACGUUACCUUUUAAAUCUGCAUUUGAAAUGGUGGGGAGGGUGCUAACAUUAAACCAUUAUUUAAAAGGAGUUGGAGUAAUGACUCUUGGAGACCAGAAAAAUGUGAGAUUUCUAAGGUGUGUAGAUAGAUGAAUUGAGAUUUCUGGUUGUUUUUUUAUACCAAGACUUCCAUAUCAUUGUGGAAUGUAUCCAUUAGCUCAGGGCUCGACAAAUCCCCAGUGCCAGGUUGCCAUGGCGACCAUGAAUUUUGUCCUGGCGCCUGGGAUAUGUUGGCUCUGAGUGGCAAGGGAGAAUACAGGUAGCCGGCCGUGGGGGAGCGCAGAUAGGUGGCCGGCCGUGGGGGAGCGCAGGUGGCUGGCGGCCAUGGUAGAGAGCAGGUAGCCGGCUGGCCGCUUCUAAGGAGUAGCAGAGGUAGCCGGCCAUGGGGGAGCAGAGGUUGGCGGCAAGGGAGGAGGCAGUCAUCUCUCUGCUCUGCUCCCUCGUGCUCCUUGCACUGAUGCUGGGAGCCAGAAUAGGAUGUCAUUCUGGCCCCGGCAUACUAAAGAGUGCACCACAGGGAGCAGAGUAGGGAGAUGACAGCAGCCCCACUGGACACCAGGGAAAGCCUAUCCACUCUAACUCUCCAAAGGAAGGGAAGGCUGAGUGGGUUUCAAUCAAAAUAAUUUUAAAAAAUUCUGCUUUUGAGUCUAUGAGUGUGUAUCUGUGUGAGUGUGUGUCUGUGAGCGUGUGUGUGUAUAUGUAUGUAUGUAUGUGUUUGUGUGUGUCUGUGAGUGGGAUUUCAGUGGCAGCCACUAAUGGUGUUACUAAGCAGCAAUGUGAACACUGUCUUUUCUCUACAAAGGCAGUGUUUACAUUGAAAGGCCUGAAAGGACAGGCUAUAGACAACAUAACCACUAUAUUAAGCUGCAGUGGUUCUGGUAACUGUAGGGUCCCUUGAAAAUGAAGCUUUGUUAGUUAAAAAAAAAAAUACUGGCUCCUAACUUGUUUAGCUGGCUCCUAGAUUCCAAGCACAUUUGUCAAGCCCUGCAUUAGCUUUCCCAUUGUACAUAUACAGCACACUUUGUUAAAGAUCACCAGAGCCUAAGGGGCUGAAUUUUAAGAAAUAAAUAAAUAAAAAUAAUACACAAUGUAUCUGUCUUUCCUCUUUAUUUUCUCUUUCUGUAAUAUUUUCUUGUCUUUUAACCAUAUUGAUUUCAAACCUCCCUCCCUAUCAUGUUGACCUUUAAUAGCUUGCCCUACAGCAGAGAUCAUAGUAUCCUUGUGUUAUUGCUUUGCAGGUGCAAUGAAAGCAUCUACCACAUGCAUUAUUAAAGGAGUGCCUUGCAUUCCUUCACAGGGCACAUAUGUAUAGGAAAUGACAGAUGAUCUUGCUUCUGUGUCAAGCAGGCAGGCUAGGGAUGCAUGGAGCAGGUCUUGACUAUAGCAAAACAACAGCUCUUAACAGAUUAUAACUGCAACAAACCUCGGACCAUAAACACAGAUUAUGGCUAAUUGGGAGUGGGGAUAGGAAAUUGUAGUAUUUGACAAGUUGUGGCAUACAGUAAUGAAUUAAUUAAUGCAUGUAAGUAUUACAUGAGAAGUUGGUGAAAUUAAGCCUGGGGCUAGCAGGGUUUCAAAAGAAAUCUAGUUUUGGCUUCCAAGUGGCUAGCAUUCAAAUGUCACAUGCUACUUACACAGAGAAGGGAAGGCAGGGCCGGACUGGGGAUACAAAGCAGCCCUGGAAAAAAAAAAUCUAUGCCAGCCCCAUAAAUCAUUGCGCCAUAUAUUGUUGCAUGUAAUAUGUAAGGCUAUGUCUUGCCACCCCAGAUGAUUGAGUUUAUAUAUAUAUAUAGCUUUUUUUAAUAUAAAAUAUUGGCCCUUUCAGAGUAAAAUGUUUAAUUAUACAGUAAGCAUACUCACAUGCAGACACAGACAAUCUCACUGACACAAGCUCAUUGAUACACAGCCUCAUAGACAAUCUCACUGAUAUACAUAAGGUCAUUGACAUAAAAAUACAAGCUCACUCAGUAGCAGGCACACACACACACAUAUGCAAGCCUACUCACUAGCAUGCGCGCACAAAAAAACAAAGCUUAAUGUAGUGGUUCUGGUGUCUAUAGCCUGUCCCUGCAGGCUUUUCAAUGUAAACACUGACUUUUCAGAGAAAAGGUAGUGUUUACAUUGCUUCCUAGUGACACACACUCAGACGGUCACUAGAGGUGCUUCCUGAAAAGGCAGUGUUUACAUUGCUUCCUAGUGACAGACACUCAGAUGGUCACUAGAGGGGCUUCCUGUGUCAGUGCGGAAUGGCUGAGAUCAUCAAGCAGCUCCCCCCUGCGGCCGCCAUCAGACUGAGCUCCCCCUGCGGCUGCCAGUAGAGCUCCCUCUGCGGCCGCAGGUCAGCCAGCUGUCUGCCCGGCACUAGGUGCCGAAGGCCCACCGGGAAAUUUCCCGGUAUCCCGGUGGGCCAGUCCGGCCCUGAGGGAAGGUCUCACCACAAGUACUGCCUCGCACAGUACAAAUCACACGCAGAUAGAUAAGAGUAGAAUCUCCCACAUUAUUCUCAAUCAAGUUAAGUUAAAGAUCAGUGAAGGUGCAAAUAAAUGUGGCAAAUUACAUAUGAAAGCUGCAACUAUAAGAAUAAAUAUAACAAAUAUAUGAUUGUACUACAAAAUACAUUGUGUUCAAAUUUUAAAACCAUUUUACACAGUCAGACCUAUCCCAAGGAAAUAUUUUACCAGUUGGAGAAAUGUCUUCAUCUGAAUGCUCUUUGACUUUAUCCCUGAGGCUCUGUGAUUUGUUAUUGACGAAACCUCAGGGGUGGUGCACUUUAGGCAGGGGGAGUGGCCCAGUCCAGUAUUUCUAGGGCACACCCACUGCAUAUAUUUAGAAAACAGUCAAACAUGGGGGAAGGGAUGCAGAAAGGUAUCCCUGAAAGAUCAUAUCAAAUUGCACUGCCGCAAUCAUGGAAUAUGAGAUAAUGGACCAUUAGCUUACUGGCAGUAUCUGUUUGAAAGUGAAUGUACUGUGAUCACAAAUGGAUAAGCAGAUCAGCAGCAUUGCAUACGUACAUUAUGGCAUUUAAAAGACGCUCAAUUCAGUUUGCCAAGAAAACAUGCAGAUAAUGAUUACAAUCAUUACCUCCCCCCCCCCUUUACCUUUCCCUUCACAGUUCUGCAAGAACAUGGACAGGAUCCAGGCAGGUUACAGUAAAUCUGCUGUCUGCAUAUUGCAUUUCUAUAGUAUUUAUUAAUAUCCCUUCUUAAUACAUGAACCUGCUUCUUUUUUUUAAAGUUCUUUCCCACUGAGCAGACACUCACUUUCUUUAUCACCUGACUUUCAGGACACAUUACAACCUGCAGAUGGUGAAAAUCCCAGGAAGUCAACCGUUUCUAAUCUGCUUUAAUCCCACAUCAAGCACUAUCAUCCCAUAGUCAAAGUUUCUUAAACCUUGGUUACUCCCGUCUUCCCUGUUUUAAUUUUUGGUCGAACAAUAACGGUCAUGACAGUUAGUCUGCAUUAUGUGUUUAUUCGUUACCGCAUGUUUUUCUGUACUGAUAUUUCCCAUAAUAAGCAGAUGCACCCAAUAGAGAGGUCAUUUUGUGGGUAUAUAUGGUUUCACGGUAAUUAAUGCUCUGAGAUAUUCCAUAGCUACUUAUUCUCUUCACAUUAUUCACCUAGUUGUGGGAAAUGUCAGCUUUCUUACAUAUUUAAAAAUAUAAUUGAGGCGGAAUGGUAUCAAAGAGACUGCAAGGCUAAUUCCACUAGAACUUUGAUCAUUUUAGUUUGGUUUGAGAAUUCUGGCUACUCACUGUGACUGACAAACCUCUACCUUCAGGUCAGCCAAAAAUACAAUAUAUGUUGAAAAAUAUAAAAACUUAUUUUAGGGGGGCGGAGCCUGAACGCCGAUGGAGCAGGACGCAUAAACCCUGAGCUCUCCCGUCCACGAGCCACAAUUAGCCAACAUCGGCACCUUUUCCCCGACCACCCAACAGCAAAAAAGGGUCACACGCCACCCACAGCACCCCCGCUCAACACCUCCAUGGGGGGCAACAAAAAAAAAAAGGAAACCCCUCUAUCUGUGGCAUCGAUGUUUCGCGCCACCAGGGAACAGGGGCGGCCAUCUUUAACUCAGGAGGCCCAAGAAUCCGGAGCUGAAACCGACGACAGCGAAGACCCAGACAGAGAAGCAGCUACACACUGCCGCACAACGCCUGAAUCACUUACCAAAUCCGAUCUCCGCCAAAUGCUGCAAGAUGCCACAGCAGACAUAAAGGCACACACAGCCACAGAACUGGAACGCCACAUCUCAGGCCUAAAAGGGGAAAUUGAAGCCCUGAACAACCGCACAGCACAGGCAGAAGCUGACAUCACACAAAUUAAAGUGAACACAACCCAACACAAGCAAGAUAUUUUUUAUUUAAGCGACAAAGUGCAAUUCCUUGAAGACAGCCUGGAAGACCUUAAUAACCGGUCCCGCAGGAACAACAUUAGAAUAAGGGGCAUGCGGGAAACAGUAGAUACGGACGCCAUACUACCCACGCUACAGGAACUGUUCCGGUCCUUACUCCCGAAUUCCACAGACCAAAACAGGGAGAUAGACAGAGCACACAGGGCACUGCGACCCAUAGCCCUCAACCCAUCAGUUCCCAGAGACAUCAUCGUCCGCCUAUUACACUUCGCCACGAAAGAAAAAAUCAUGGCGGCAGCCAGAGCCAUGCAACCAAAACAUGGGUCUCACGUGCUUACCUUCUUCCAAGACCUAGCUCCAUCCACUCUGAAAAAAAGGAGAGAUCUAAAACCACUCACUAUAGCAUUAGCCCAACAAGGACUAAGAUACAGAUGGGGUCACCCCUUCAAACUUCAAGUCCGCAUAGGAGAACAAGAACACGUGCUACACCACCCGUCUGCAAUGGAGGAGUUUGCAGAGGCCCUGGGAAUACAGCUCGCCACCAUGGCACCACCGAGAGACCGGCACAACAACAACGAAGCCAGAGGAGCUUACGCCAACAACCGUCCCCAACAGACAUACCGACACCAAGCCAGCAAAGGGCACCCUCCGACGACCGGGGCUACCAGCCCGGCCACUGUGACCUGAAUUCAGCCCACGCGGCCUCUGGACUUUCUUUUCACCCUGCGGAGCUUACCGCUAUAAACCAAACGAGGACUCAGGCCUGUAUAUCCUGAUAUGUUGAAAUGCUGAAAUGUUUUACUGUUUUACUGUUUUACUGUUUUACUGUAUUUACUGUAUUAACGUUAGUACUCGUUCCUGAUAUGAUGAAAAGGUGACGGAGAAUAGGCUGACACACUUGAGCCACCAACACACUAGAUCAGGGGAAUAAGCCUCAACUACCAAGGCCUCUGGCCUUCCUCUUCACUGCCCCCCCUUUCUAACCGCACAAUCCCCUACGACGAUAGACCACUAUCUUAGAGAGGGGCCGGUUAAAACCAUCCUAAAGCCCUAUUAACACUCCCAAAAUCAGGCCAACCACGACACAACCCGCUAUCGCAGCGACAGACCCACCCCAUACCACGGCCCAACAUGACAACCAAACCACAGCGCUAGACAACUGAAACACCAGGAGACAAAACAUUUGGAAACCCUACACUAUGUUCAUAUAAUAAUAAACAAAAAAAAAAAAGACAGGUGGGAGACAGGAGACGGACCCCCAAAGGCCCUCCAGAGCUCUAAUACCCAAGAACCAAACGACCAACCCAGCACACGAACGACAAUUUCAACACAAUGCUAACACCUACAGAGCGACCCCUGAGCACAGGCCAUCUGGAACCCUUCGUAACCCAGGAACAUACCAUAACUGGCAGCAACUAUUAAUGACAUGUACAUUUUCUCUGCAGAUCCCCGGAUCCCUCAACGCCCCCACACACCAGGCCAUACUGCAGCCCCCACCUAAAAGAAACUCCAGCCACCGGUUUCCAGUGACCCGACGAACCACCACGACUCAGGUAACAAUGGCAUGGCUCGGAGAGGACGGGAGGUAAGGGUAAUCCCCCCUCCAGACAGCUCCGACCCAACUCACACAACCUACUAACGACCAAUCCCCAGUAGCAGACGACCACACCUGCUCCCCCCCAGCCGAACAACAGACCAACCAAAGGGAAAAGGGAAUAGGACCGCACCAUUACACCGGUACCUACACCCCCUCAACCUCCGCCCCCGCCACACCCGGCAACCUAGGUAUAAGACCGGGGAACUCCCGACCCUUACCCCACAUACAAGGUAAACCCCUGACCUACACCCACGGACUCGGUCCCCCAAGCCCAACGGUCACAGAAUAUACAGACAACCCUUCCACCCCGGACCCACACAUUCCCCUCCCUACAUCCCACAUACCCCCCAAGUGGCACUCAGCCACUGCAUACUACAGACACGCAGAGAACCAACUCACACCACACACCUCAGAACACCAUGAACACCAAUCUGACAUGCGUAUCCAUCAACUGCAAAGGCCUUAACAACCCAGCGAAAAGACAUAAACUAAUGAGAUGGGCAAACCGUACAAAAGCAGACAUAAUAUUACUGCAAGAAACCCAUUUCACGCAGGCCAAACCCUUUCCCCUUCUUAGCAGACAAUACCGAGAGUGCCACAUGGCAAACUCCCCUACGACCAAACAAAAUGGAGUUGCUAUCCUGAUGCGAAAAACCUGUCCACUCAGCACCAAACAAGUACUGAAGGACCCACAAGGCAGAUAUAUCACUCUCACGGGACAGGCAGGACACAACCAAUACGCCAUAACCUCACUCUACGCCCCAAACACUCCAGACAAAGAAUUUUGGGACACGUUCCACGCACACUUAGCCCUAACCCCGGGCCACCUCAAAAUUGUAGGCGGCGAUUUCAACGCCACAAUGACAUCGGCGGUCGACAGACUACGAAGCCAAACACGCCCAAAUCCCACACCCAAAAUAGACAAACUACUGCAGGACUUCGUACAAAGACAGAGACUGGUAGACAUCUGGCGCCUGCUCCACCCGACCACCAGGGACUACACAUUCUAUUCCCACCCACACAACUCGUACUCCCGCAUCGACCUUUUUCUGAUUUCACCCUCCCUUACGCACAUGACCCAGGCAGCCGACAUAGGCAACAUCACGUGGUCAGACCACGCAGAUAUCACAAUAUCAGUCAAGGUCCCCGACGUAGCCAGGCCAUGGUCCUGGAAACUUAACCCCACACUGCUACACAACCCGAAAAUAACAGAAGCGAUCCAAACGGAACUGACAAACUACUUCACACUAAACGCACCCUCGGCACCUUCACCAGGCGUACUGUGGGCUGCCCACAAGGCAGUCCUAAGGGGAAAAAUUAUAAGCCUAGCAUCCCACCUAAAACGAACACAACUGGCUGAGUUAGCAACAGCCCUCACGACUCUCAGAUCCCUAGAAACGAGCCACAAACAAAACCCCACACAAGACAUCCUUACGGAAAUAACAGAAUGCCGAACCAAAAUUAAAAACUUCAUGACCAAAGACACAACCAAAGCUAUGCAAUGGACAAAACAAACCUACUAUGAAAAAUCCAACAAGGCCGACACCCUACUAGCCAGGAAGCUGCAACGCAGACUUGACCGAAAACAAAUAAACACAAUACAAUCACCAGACGGCACCACACACAGCACGCCGUCUAAAAUCGGUGAAGUCUUCCAAACAUAUUUUGCCACAUUAUACGACCAUAGCCCCAACACCAGACUGCAACCCGAAGAGUCCAGACAAACUAUAGACGAAUACCUACAAAAGAUACCCCUACCAGCCCUAAAAAGGGAGGCUAUAUCCAAAAUAAGUGCACCAAUCACUAUCGAAGAACUAGCCAAAGCCAUCAAAAACACUAAACCCAACAAAAGCCCGGGACCGGAUGGCUUCACGGGCCUCUAUUACAAAACAUUUCCUACUAUACUCCUCCCCCACCUUUGCAACCUCUUCAACACGAUACUACAGGGAAACCCCAUACCCCCUGACCUCCUAAGAGCAAACGUGUGCCUGCUUCCCAAACCAAACAAAACCCACCUGGACCCAAGCCACUUCAGACCGAUAUCCUUAUUAAAUGUAGACUUAAAACUACUUACGAAGCUACUUGCAGACAGAAUAAACCCCCACGUACAUAAACUUAUACACCCCGACCAAGUAGGCUUCAUACCCCACAGACAGGCAUACGAUAACACCAGACGGACCUUUGACCUCCUUUGGACGACCUCUCAUCGACGAAUCCCCACCCUAUUCCUGUCCCUAGACGCCGAAAAGGCAUUCGACCGAGUAUUAUGGCCUUUCCUCUUCGCCACCCUACACAAAUUCCGGUUCCCCGACUCGAUUCUCAACGCGCUCAACAUCUUAUACUCCACACCGGAAGCGAACCUCCUAAUCCCAAACGCUCAACCCCCCUCUUUUCGCAUCAACAACGGGACGAGACAGGGCUGCCCCCUUUCCCCACUCCUAUUUGCCCUCUCAUUAGAACCCCUACUCCAAGCCCUACGCCUAGACCCAAAAAUAAAGGGAGUAUAUGUCAGGGAAGAAGAAUAUAAAGUGGCAGGAUACGCAGACGACCUACUCCUUACCCUCACGGAUCCGAUAAACUCACUCCCACCCCUACUACACACCAUACAAGAAUAUGCACAGGUCUCAGGCUACCGCCUCAACCUGGAUAAAACAGAAGCACUCCCAGUACAAAUCCCCCAGGAGGACCUAGACUCAUUAAAAAUAAACUAUCCGUUUCGCUUCAACCCCACGCAUAUACACUAUCUGGGUAUAGACUUACCAGCAGACGUCUCCCAGACAUACAGACUCAAUUAUCCCCCCCUACUACAAAAAGCAACAGCGGACCUUAAAACAUGGGAAUCCCACUCCAUCUCCUGGCUAGGCAGGGUGGCAUGCAUAAAAAUGAACCUCCUACCGAGGUUCUUAUACCUAUUCCAGACACUACCGGUUCAAAUAGUCGCCAAGGACUUUAAAAUACUACAAACACAAAUAGAUCGCUUCAUAUGGGCCAACAAACGGGCCAGAAUACGUAGAGACAUCCUCUACCUCCCGACGCGCUCGGGGGGCCUAGGCCUACCCCACUUCCUCCACUAUUUCCACGCAGCCCAACUAGCACAGAUUAAAGCACUACACGCACCCAUAGGGUUGAAAAGAUGGGUAGACCUUGAACAUGAUCUGUUCGGCCACGACUUCCCUUCCCUCUACAUCUGGGUCCCAAAACAAGCCAGACCACAACCCCCGCACACCACACCGGCACUUGACACCGCGAUUGCAAUCUGGAACAAACUUUCCAUAAAACACGGGCUCGCAUCGAACCCUUCACCUCUGACACCAAUCCUGAGAAACGAACACUUCACUCCAGGCAUGACCCCAAAAGACUUCGCGCACUACGAAGACAACGACCUCGUCAGGACAUAUCAAUUUUUUCAAAACCAUAAAAUCAUAGCUUUCACGGACCUGCCACAAACCAGACCACUCACCACACACAACUUCUUCCGCUACCUGCAAAUCAAAAAUCUCCUAGACACCCCUACCUACAAACAAGCUGGAAAUACCCCCCUCACCGUUUUUGAACAGGCAUGCAUCCAUGCCCCCAUACAAAAAAGUCAGAUCUCCACAACCUACGAACUACUGCUCAAACCGAUAGGGACACACCCACCGGGGUAUGUAAUAGCAUGGGAAAGGGAUCUAGGACCCCCCGCAGACCCCACAGACUGGUCCGCAAUCUGGGUAGCCACAGCGACAGUGACGAUAUGCGUAACACAUAAAGAACAGGCAUACAAAACCCUGAUGCGCUGGUACCAUACUCCGCUAAAACAUAAGCAAAUGGGACUAUCCACCUCAGAUAGAUGCUGGAAGGGGUGCGGCCACAAGGGAACGUACUACCACAUGUGGUGGGAAUGCCCCCACAUUGCACAAAUCUGGACCGACAUAGUGGCCCUGGCCUCCAGAGUCCUUCAUGACACCAUCCCAAGAGACCCGUGGUUAUGGUUGCUAUCCAAACCGCUGGUCGGUACACCACGGGCUCAUAACAAACUACUAGCCAAACUAGCCUUGGCAACAAGGAGAGCCAUAGCCUCCCAUUGGGGCUCACCCACAGUCCCGUCACUCACUGACAUAAAGAAAAAGAUGAACGAAGCCAGGGCAAUGGACAGUUUAUCUGCACUCAUUCAUGACACCACAAUGCAUUGUGACAAAAUAUGGGAUAUGUGGCUCAUGGAACCCACCACAGCCACAUAAGACACCCCCCCAAAAAAAAAAAAAAAGGGGGCAACCAACCACGAAAGGAAUCACGCAUAAACACACAAUCCAUAAGGGCCAAGACGUCAGUGUCCAAGACAGGUCCACCAUGUAAUACGCAACUCCGAAAAACCACACAACCCACAACUCAGGGACACCUUCUCACCCCCACCCAACCCCCCCACAACCCCAGCAGAAACCCCACAGCGUGGAUUCCCCAUCCCACACUCCAUCCCGGAACUGAACUUAACCCACUCUCGCCCCCUAACUUGCAGUUCCGAAUCCGCGUACCAUACCAAAGAAACUCGAUCUUAG